UCCAACAAACAACUGCACCUGUCAAUUAAAUGUCAAUAUUAAGAAACAAUUGUGCUUAUUUGCUGUUAUUGGCGAUAUGGCUGCUCUGUCGAAGUGCAACAACAAUGAGAACCUGGACCUACACAUUGAUGGAUAUUACCUACGAGAGUUCAGACGACAGUAAAUUGAAACUUGAUUUGCAUAUCGAUCGUUUGGGACGCGGCGAAUAUGGGCUCUCGGGCAAAGUCAUCUUGGGUGUUGAUCUGACAAACGAAACAGAGAUCGAGAUAUUGGUAUAUCGUAGUGCCGAUGGCAGCUCCGAGUACAAGCUACAGCCCCUUCAGAUCGACCGUCAAUCUAUAUUCCAGGCCAUUAACAACUACUACAAGAAAAUGGUAAUGGCCAGUGUGGCCGAGUGCUCCGAUUUGCCCCAAUUCAAUGAUACUUUGGAGCAUGUCGGACCUGCCACAUUUAAUAUCACCAAGUGCCAGUUGAGCACCGAACAGUUUCCAGCCUUCAUGCCCGAGGGCUAUUACAAGCUCCACUUCAAUGGCUAUGGACCCUUUGAGUUCAGUUCGGUGACCCUUUUGCGCAUUGAGAAGGCUUUGUAUUAAGUUCGAUUUCUAUUUUUAUGAAUUUUUUUUUGCCAAUAAAUGCAUAAAAAAUAA